CCAGGCUCCAUCUCACAUCUCUCUUCUCUCCUAGGUUUAGAAGAAAAAACGAUUCUUUCCAAAAAAGAAAAGAUGAAGCUGAGGAAGGAAAGAUGGCUGCAGAAAAUAGAAAGCGUGAAGCUAGCCAAGCAGAAGCAAAAAGCCGAAGCAAAGCGGAAAGCAACACCUGUGGUGGGAGACAUGCAGCCAUUGAUGGAAGCCCUGCCCGAGCUCUCCGACCUGACCACAGGCAGCAGGGGCAGGAAGCCACCCCGGAGCCGUGUAAAAGCAAAGGCAGAACCGGCAGACUUCUGUCUGAUGAAACAGGCCCAGAAACACCAGCUCUUAGAGGAGGAAGUGGCUCGGUUUCAUGAGGUCAUCGCCAAUCCCAGGUACAGAGCCAAUCCCCUCAUGGCCAUCAGUGAGCAUCUCUCCAAGAGGCUGAGGCAGGAGGAAGGCGGCAAACCCCUCUAG